AGAUUUGAAUCAGAAUGAAAUAUCAAGCCUGGUGCCUGCUAAUUAAUUGCAAAAUAAACAUGAGUACACAUCAGACUUAUUCAAGCAGAAGUACUUGUUGACAAAUCUACUCUAGAAGUAAAAGUAUAAAUAAACCCUCAGAAGGGCAGUUUUAAAGUUUUAUGAAUAUUUCAUGUCACUGCCGUGUUUUGUGUACUGGUGCAGCAGACACCAACAGACUUAACUAACUUAUCCGUAAAGCCAGUCAUGUUGUCUGUGCAGUGCUUGAUUUUCUGAGGGUGGAUUAAAAGCCCUUCACACUCUGGACAACCUCAGCAGCAUGUUCAGCAUCAGAUUCUUCCAAACUGAAACACAGGAUACCACAGUAAAUCCUUCCUUCCUGUGCCCUUUUUAAAAUCCAGAACUCAGCACUGUAGAGUAGAUCUGUAAUCAUCAUAAUCUCUUUUUUAAUUUUGUAAAUACUGUAAAUAUUAUAUCUUAUCUAAUUAAUUCAUAACCUUAUUCAGCUUCUUACUUUCAACCCAUUUCACAACCCUAAUUAAGGCUAAUUUUUGUUUUUGUUGCUGUUGUUUUCCUCAGACAGAUUUGUGUUUGCGCUUGUGUUUUACUGCUUCCCUCAUUGAUUUCAAGUGGGCAGGACUUCAAAGAAAGUGCAUCCACAUGUCAACAUAUCCUUUAAACUGAACCCUACACCCUGAUAUGCUCAUCUGUGUAUGAAAGUAGCGAAAAGGCACUGCAUACUGUAGUGGACAUGCAUAAAGAGAAGCUGUGCGUGAGUAUCUGUGUGAAUGGGGGAUUGAGAAACACUUCUAAAGUGCUUUGUGGAACAAAGACAAUUAGGAGCUAAUGAGUAUGGGACAUUUAUUUUUAUUUGAAAGGCAGUUCUCACAGAUUUGAAAAGCAAAGGUCAGAGCAAUGUAAAACACAUCCCCUUUCUUUAAUUUAUGGUGCACAAGGUUUGCAGUGAGUGUGAAUGCUGUAGCAUGGUCCUGAGAGAAAGGCUUCAAAAUAUCCCUUACCAGCUAAGAGGAUAUCAUUUUCAUUUAUCACUAUAUAAUGAUAACACCAAAAGCUUGGGUAGUAAAAAAAGGAGCGAAAUCUGCCUCUUGUCAGCGUUUACGAUGAGAAGCACUUGCAUGAUUAGAUGUCUUGCGAUCAAUGCAGCCUCCUCUUCCAGUCAGACUGCUCUUAACAGAUUACAGCCCCCUCCCAAACAUGCACAGUCUUUUCUCCCCUCCCUGCUCCUCCUUCUGGAUCACAUACCUCUUUUUCAGUAGAUAAAACGGGGGACUCGUCUCUGCAGCUCUUCUUGAUGUUUCUUUCUGAAUUGAAAUCUUUUCAAACAUUAUUUCAUAUCCUACACUGCAGCUUCUACUUUACAGUUUAGGUAGAGUUUCACUUGUUUUUCCUUAAAUUUGUUCGAUUCGACGAAUGGACAGCAAUAUGAAGAAGACUAAACUAAAAUAUAAGAUUUGAUGGUAAAGCGUUAACAAGUUCUCUAAGAUGGACCUGAUGAUCAUUUUCAGUCAUCUCCUGCUUGUAUGCUUUGAUUCAUCUGCAGCCAAAAGCCUCAUUACAGCAAACAUAUUUGAAGCCAGAGGCCAACGUGUGUGCAAGGCUGGAAAAGAGAGACCAUGCUACAAGUUGGCCUAUUUCUCCGAGCUUCGGCGGAGGCUAAACUUUGCUGAGGCAGAGCUCGCCUGUAGAAGAGAUGGAGGCCAGCUGCUGACCAUUGAGUCUGCAUCUGAGCAGAAGAUCAUAGAGCAGCUCAUCACAGAGCUCCGCCCAACCGAUGGAGACUUCUGGAUAGGUCUUAGACGUAACCAUGGAGAUGAGAACAGCAGCUCUGACUGCUCUUCACAGUACUAUUGGCUGGAUGGCAGCAAGUCUACAUUCAGAAACUGGCACUGGGAUGAGCCAUCAUGCGGCUAUGAGGUGUGUGUUGUAAUGUAUCACCAGCCAUCUGCUCCCCCCGGCCUUGGAGGGCUCUACAAGUUUCAGUGGAAUGACGACAAUUGUGAAACCAAAAACAACUUUAUCUGCAAAUAUACGGCUGAGAAGUUAUGGGACCAUACUCCUUCAGCCAACUCCACUCCAACAGCUGUCUUCCCCUCCCCCGUACUUCCCUGGGAUCCAAGUGACCACAACCAGGACAGAAGAGCAGCUGUCAAUUUGGUUUACGUCAUCAUUCCUACCAUCCCACUUAUACUGCUGCUGCUGACAGUGACGGGAGUCUGCUGCUUCAAACUACUUGUGAGACGAAAGAGGAAACAACAGAAAUCAGAAGUAUGUCAGACCGACCCAGGAGUCUGUCCCAGUCCAACUCCAACUGACGUCUACAACGUCAUUCGCUCCCAGAAGGAUGAUGAUCUGGUCUCAGCCCGCCCAAACAUCAAAAACACCUCAUUUUUGUGCUCCUCCCCUGAUACACCAACAGGUGACUAUGACAACCUAGGGGGCCGUGACACAGAGAGUGGUUUUGUCACACUUGCAAGCACAGAGAGCUGCUUCCUUAACUUCGACCUGAACGAGCUCAGCCUUGGGCGUAGAGGCACCCGUGACUUCUACGACACCAGUUUGGGCCGCAUGGGAAAGAGAGACCUGAAUAACAGCAGUCUUGGUCGCUCUGGAAACAGAGAGUUUUAUGAUAGAAGUCUAGGCCGCCGCACAACAAAGAGUGAGCAUUAUAGCAGCAGUACGUAUAGGGAAAAUGGACUGUAUGAUGGUACCAUCAGAGCGGGGAGUGAACCCUAUGAUGCCAAACUAAGGGCUGCAGGAGACAUGGGAAAAGUUGACCUCUAUCAGACAUACAUCACCAACGGCAAACAGGAGACUUACCAAACCAGCCUUGGAACUUAUGCAAACAGGAAAUCCUUCCAUGCAAAUCUGGAUUGCUACAGAAAUGGCCUGAAUCUUGAUGAUGGAAGGAGAUACUUCAAUGAACGGGAAUGGAUCAACAGAGAAAACUACUGAUCCUCUGAACAGUGAUGACAGAAAGGCAAAAGAAACAAAAAGACUGUGCAUGUGCUGGUUGUACUUGUUUGUGUGGUUUGUUUAAGGGAUGGAAAAUAAUGGAACAUGCCCAGAUUAUAUUUUACUUCUUGUCUGGCUUGUACCUCAGUGGUAGACUGGGUAUAUGUGUUAGCUGGUUCAUGGUCAUUAAAAACACAGUUAUUAAGAAAUAUAAUCCUAUAAUUGAAGGAUCGUUUGCCUUUGAUUUAAGUUAUCAUCACUGGCUCCAACUUAGUACAGUGGUGGUUAAUGAUACUUAUUUGGUAGUGCUUGUAACAUAUUUACUUUUGGGGAUCCAAUGUUCAGUUUACUUUAAAUCAGGGGUGCCCAAGUCCGGUCCUCGAGAUCUACCAUCCUGCAACUUCUAGAUGCAACCCUUCUCCAACACACCUGAAUCAAAUGACUGGCUUGUUACCAGGCCUCUGCAGAGCUGAAUGACAUGCAGAUGACAUCUGCUCUAAAUGAUCCAGAUCUAAAGCUGACAAAGUUUAAGGAUUUUUUUGGAGGACAUUGUUUCCUAAUCUUUAUUAUAUUGCAAGUAAAUACAAAUAUUAAAUUUAAAAUAAAAACAUUGCACUGCAACAGUUCUUGUUUUUCUGUUUAGGUAUGGAGGAUUAGGUAAAAUGCCUUGUGACCUCCCCUGAUUCGGUGUCAGCCGGGAUUAAGAUUAGAUUAAAUGAAAAGGGGGUGCAGGUUUAGACUGGAGUGAAUUUACUGAGGACUAUAAUCAGCUCCCCGUCUGUGGUAGAGGUCAUGUGCAAUGGAAGAAACAACCUGCUUUUAAUUUCUGCCAUUGAAUUGCAUUGUGGGUAAAAAAUAAUUUUGCAUGGAGAAGAAAAAAAAAGGGUAAUAGUUCAUCUGCAUUACUUUUAAUCAUAUUAUUAGCCUUUGGUAGCAUUUUAGGAACACAACACUAAUGUGGUUUACAACUUUUUAUACAAAACCCAAAAAACCUACUUCACUGGGCCCCAUGACCAUAAACCAUCAUUUAAUUUCUCCAAGCCUCAACUCAGCUUUAUUUAUAGAACACUUUAACACAACAUCAGUUAAACAAAGUGCUGAACACAGCAUUGAAGCAAAAUAAAUUUAAAGUAAAAUAAAGUGCACGGUAAAAAACAGAAACAAUGGCAGUAAAACGAUUAUAAAAAAAGGGGGAAAACGUAAAAAUCAAGAGACUCGUGCUACAGCGAAGUUCAGAUAAUAAGGCGGGUUCUAUAAACGGACAGUGAAGGGGCUUCUCUAGCCUGUAAUGGCAAAGAUAUCCACAAUUUAAGAGGAGCAAGAGAGAGAAAACUGGCUCAUUUGGACCUUGGUACCUUGGUUCUCUACCAAGUACUGGAACCGUGACAACAGGAUCCUGUCGUCAGAUACUGAUACUGUGUAAAAUACGGCUGUUAAGUCGAGCAGGACCAAGAGCACAUGAUCUCCAGCAUUUCUUGUCAGGAGAACAUCAUGGGCUCAUCUAUUGAGUAAAUCUUCAAAAAGAAACCUUUCAGACUGCAGAUUGUCUAUCUCUGGAAAAACAGGUGAACCAUAACUGGAUCACAUGCAACUUUGCUGAUAAGUGCAUGUUUGCAUGGCCUUGACAUGCUCUCCUUGCUUGGUCAAAUAAAUAUUGUGGUCUUUGAGUUUUGUUUCCUCCAAAAAUGCUGUUUUUAACCCCUUUUGAGUUCAUCCACAUCAAGGUUACCUCAGAGCUAACCACUGAGAUCGAUCGUUUUUUUAUGCACUGUGUUUUGACAUCACCAGUUGUGACAGGUCCAGUUCUUAAUAUACUUCUACCAUUACGUAUUACUGUCUUUCCAUUUCUGAUUAGGGAAGCAUUAACAGUAAAAAAUAAAAGAAAAAAUAUAAUGUGGCUCUUACAGUGAAGUGAGCUUCAGUGCCUGCAGCCUGACCACACAAUACUGAAUGGCAUGAUAUUGAAGAGAACGAUGAAAUACAGCAACAUUAUUUAUUUAGUAUGUAAACUGCCUUGUCAUCUCCCCUGUAAGUGUGGUUUGUAUGUUUGUUACGAGCUAAAGUUUAAAAUAAAAAGUGAUUAGAAAUAAA